AUGGACGUGGUCAGCUUAGGCCUAGCUCAUGAAGAAGAUAUGAUCGAGCCCCAGGUCAGCUUUCAAAGCGACGUACGACCCAUCAAGAUCUGCGGGGGUGGUAAUUUCACUGCGCUGCUUUUGGAAAAUGGCUUGCUGUAUGUGGCCGGAGAAAUUCCCUUCGAUGUCGAUCUACAACAAACCUUGCCAACAAACCAAAAUAGUUGGGUCCAUGUUCCGGGUCAAUUUACUGACGUGGCAUGCGGAUGGGCACAUAUAGUGGUCGUUGAUCAAAACGGUAUUGUUUUUACCGCUGGAGCAGGUGACAAGGGAGAAUUAGGGCAGUCCAAAGUUCGAAAAUCGCCAAAAUUCGCACCAAUUCUGUCUACGCAGCAGAACUCCGAAAAAGCACAGGUAUUUGCCUGUUUCUACAACACCUACAUUUUGAGCGGCGGGAUACUGUACGGGUGUGGCUCCAAUACGAAGUGCCAGCUUCAAAACGUUAAGUCUCGGGCUAUAGAUACACUGGAAAUCAUUAGUCCAUGUUCUGCCAUUGUCAGCGCAUGUGUGGGUAAGAAUUUUGUAUGUUUUGUCGAGAAGUCGGGGAAUAUUCACAUAAGAGGUGCAUUAUCCGGUUACAAAACUCAGAUACAGCAACAGAGCAGUGGUGAUAUGAGUCUUGACCUAAAAGCCAUGUGGACGUCGAUCACUAGUCUUGAUGGACAAAAAUUCUCAUUUUACGGCUCUGCAAGGCUAUAUCAGAAUGUCAUUGCUGCAAGCCAGUUUGAAAAGCCCGUUACCGCCUGGAACACCGGGAGUGAGCACGGAAUUGCAUGUGUUGAUAAAAAGGCAGUUUUCUGCUGGGGGUGGGGUGAACACGGCAAUUGCGGCCCUAUUGCUACGACUAAAGCUAUUGAUGGCAUUAACGAUGGCUCCAACAUCAACAGCAACGUCAAUUUGACGUACGAUGCAAAUUGUCACUCGUCAGACGCAACGGUUUAUGCAUGUUUCGGAGGAUGUGCAACUACUUGGAUUUGUAUAGAAUACAAAUAA